AUGCCAAUUCAAGGACAAUAUGGAUAUGUUGGUCUAGAGAAUGACGUGAGAUCUAUUCCCUCUAAUGUUACCGUCACCAGGGAGAAAUCCCUGGAAAAAGCAGACGAGAUCGCUUACCAAACUCAGGACCUGCAGGAGGUCGAUAUCAAGUUUGGUGAAGACGUUUUUGACGGCUUACAAUUUAAAAAUAACAGAGACAUUGUCGAGAAGGUUGUCGACUCCUCUGACGAUCCAACCAUGAAGGUUUGGACUGUUCGUUCUGUUGUUAUCGGUGCCGGCCUGGCUAUUUUCGGUGGUGUCUUGCAAUGUAUGUUCUACUUCAAGCCGCAAACUAUUGUUGUCAGUGGUGUCUUCUUGAUGCUUAUCGCUCACGUUAUCGGUGAGUUUUGGGCUAAGGUCUUGCCAACCAAGGGUUACUUUAGAUACAUCAACCCUGGUCCAUGGAACAAAAAGGAACUUACUUUUUCAACCAUCAUGGCCGGUUCUGCUUCCUCGUGUGCUUUGGCUAUCGAAGUUCUUGCUGUGCAAAAGCUUUGGUACAACUCCAGUUUGAAUGCCGGUCUCGGUAUUUUCCUCACCUUCUCAUCUCAAUUGAUUGGUUAUGCGCUUGUCGGUAUGGGUCUUAAGAAGGCUCUGCUUUACCCAUCCGAAAUGUUCUACCCUAACAGUAUCCCAAUGGUGGCUACUAUCCACACCUUGCAUAACAACAAGGAAAAGACUAAGAAACAGUUGAGAUACUUCUACUACUUCUUCUUGGCCACCUUCUUGUUCGAGAUCUUUCCAGAAUGGGUGUUCCCAUGGUUGAUUGGUUUCUCCAUCCCAUGUCUCGCUAAUCCACAUUCCGCCAACGUUUCCAGAAUCUUUGGUGGUACCAACGGUAACGAAGGAUUGGGCUUCUUGUCCAUCUGUUUCGACUGGAACUACGUUGCCGGUACUGGUUCUCCAUUGACCAUUCCUCUGGAUGCUACCGUCAACAACUUGUUCGGUUACUUCCUCUGUAUCGCCGUCUUCUCUGGUGUUUACUGGGGUAAUGUGUGGAAAUCUAAGAACUUCCCAUUCUUGUCUCAAUCGCUUUAUUACGAAGAGUCCGAGCCUGGUAACUACUUGGUUUACAACCAAACUGCCAUUCUCACUAACAACAUCUUCGACCCUGAAAAAUUCGCCGAACAGGGUACCCCUUACAUGACCGGUACCUACGUUGUUUACUUGAUCGCUACCAACCUGUCUGUCGGUGCCACUUUCACCCACAUGCUCUUAUUCCAUCGUAAGGAGCUCGGCCCAGCUUUCUACUGGAUUAAGUCCAUUAAGGACAAACUCCUCAACUUCAAGGAACUCUUCACCGUUGAGAACCUCAAGUUCUGGAAACUUGCAAACAGAGACCCAAGAUUGAACUCCGACGGCACUUUGCCAGAAGUCUUUAAUGAUUCUCACAUGAGAGCCAUGCUCAGAUAUAAGGAAGUUCCAACCUGGUGGUACGCCCUCCUGUUCGUUCUUGCCUUCAUGGUGGCUCUUAUCUGCCUGUACAAAGCUGACUCUGGAUUGCCAUGGUACAUGUUGAUCUUCGCUCUCGCUCUCGCGUACCCAAUGACUCUCUUUUUGGGAUCUUUGGUUGGUAUCUUUGGUUUCGGUGGUACUCAGAUGCAAACCGUUAUUCAAAUGAUUGGUGGUUUCUCCAUGCCAAAACAGUCUCCAUUGGCUAACAUGUACUUCACAUUGUACGGUUACAACUCUGUUGGUCAAGCCUUUAGUCUUUUGAGUGACUUGAAGAUGGGCCACUACGUUAAGCUUCCUCCUAAGGACACUUUUGCUGCUCAGUUGAUCGGUACCGUUAUUGGUUCCAUCUUCAACUACAUCAUGAUGAACCAGAUUGUCGACGAGCAAUUCGACCUCCUUAAGGACAUUCAGUCCACCUCUGCUAUCUGGUCUGGUCAGAAUGUCCAACAAUACAACACUCAAGGUAUUGCUUGGGGUGCUCUGGCUAAAGAACUCUUUGUUAUUGGAAAGACCUACUACAUCGUUCCAUUGUCGCUUGUCAUUGGUUUCGGAUUGCCUUUGCCUUUCUACCUUGCUCACCGGUUGAGACCUACUUGGAGAUUCGACACUAUCAAGACUCCAGUGCUUGUGUGGUACGUUGGUUGGUUGUGUGUUGGUGUUAACUCUUCUAUCACCACAUACUUCAUCGCUGCUUUUAUUUCUCAGUUCUACUUCAAGAAGUACAGACCAAACUACUUUAGAAAGUACAACUACAUUGUUGCUGCUGCACUGAUUGGAGGUGCUCAGGUUGCUGUCUUUGUUAUUUCCUUUGCUGUUGGUGGUGCCGGUGGUCCAAACAGUAACCACUCGUUCCCAAGAUGGUGGGGUAAUUUGAACGGUGCUACUGGUAUUGAUGAGAACUACGACCACUGCAAGUUCACCAACUACGGUUGA